CAGGCUGGUGGGCCGGGCGGUCUACGGGCGGCCGGGAGCGCGCGGUGGACUCGGCGGCGGCUAGUAGUUAGUUAGUUGUUGUUAGUCAGUGUCAGUUGCUCGGCGGCGGUGGCCGCGGUCACCAGGAAGGGUACUGGACGGCCGGCGAAGGUAGUCACCGCGGCGGCGUGUGAGCCCCUCAGGUAUCUGCCUAAACUGGAAGUUAUGCUGUAGACAUUUCUUUGUGGAUUUGUCUGAAAACCUAAGACCCUACUGCCCUAGGUUAAGAACUCUUGGAUUAAUAUAAUGGUGUUAGCAGAAGUCGUAUUGCUGUGGACUGGAGAGGGAACUUGCAUGAGGGCAGAGACAAAAGGGAGGACACCAUAGGUUAAAGUCUUUCAGAGGAAAGGGGAAAGCCUUCUGAUUUUCAAAACUCCUGAGAUAUGACUAUUUCGAUUUAUCUACUGCUUGCCAGGUGGAUGUCUGAGCUGGUGCAGCCUAGUCACAAAAGCAAUUAACAGGAAAAGAAUAUUUGAGGUCCAUUCCUCAGGAAAGAAAAGGAAGCAAUGACAUAAUGCCUAGAGUUGGUGCCAGUUAAACUGGUAAACAUUGCUAUCUUCAGAAAAUAAGUUAAGGAAUGAGAGGCAAGGAAGAAAAGACAUUCAUCUUGGAAGGACCCAAAGCACUUUGAAAUUUAAAUGAAUGUAAUGAUAGCUGCUAAAACCGCCUUUGUCACCAAAAUGGAUGAAGUACUUCAAAUUUAAAUGAUUGAUCACACUUACAAGAGCUGCUAUGAAACAUAGGGGAGGUGAAAACUAACAGAUGAAAGUUUUGCCAUGCACUGAAAGGAAAGCGUUGUCUGUGAAGUUCUAUUUUUAAAAAUGUCUGCUUGUAAUACCUUUACUGAACACGUUUGGAAACCUGGUGAAUGCAAGAACUGCUUUAAACCUAAAAGCUUACAUCAGCUCCCCCCAGACCCUGAGAAGGCACCCAUCACCCAUGGCAAUAAAACUAAUGCCAAUCACAGUAACAACCACCGAAUCAGGAACACCGGAAAUUUCCGGCCUCCUGUGGCUAAAAAACCCACUAUAGCUGUGAAGCCCACUAUGAUGGUGGCAGAUGGGCAAAGUAUGUGUGGUGAGCUUAGUAUCCAAGAACACUGUGAGAACAAACCUGUCAUCAUAGGAUGGAACCGUAACAGGAUGGCCUUGAAUCAGAAACCACUUAAUAAUAAUAAUGAAGAUGAUAUUGAAGGAUUAAGCCAUGUUCCUAAGCCUUAUGGGAAUAAUGAUAGUGCAAAGAAGGUAUCAAAUAACAAUAGUGGACUAACUGAGGUGUUAAAGGAGAUAGCAGGCUUGGAUACCACCCCUCAAAUAAAAGGAAAUGAAACAAACUCCAGAGAAACAUUCUUAGGAAGAAUAAAUGAUUGCUAUAAACGAUCACUGGAAAGAAAGCUUCCACCAAGUUGCAUGAUGGGCGGAAUAAAGGAUACUCAGGGCAAGCAUGUUAUUCUGAGUGGGAGCACAGAAGUGAUCAGUAAUGAAGGGGGUCGAUUCUGUUACCCAGAGUUUUCUAGUGGCGAAGAGAGUGAGGAAGAUGUGCUUUUGAGUAACAUGGAGGAGGAGCAUGAGAGUUGGGAUGAGAGUGAUGAAGAACUGCUGGCCAUGGAGAUUCGCAUGAGAGGGCAGCCUCGCUUUGCCAACUUCAGGGCAAACACUUUGUCUCCUGUUCGAUUCUUUGUGGACAAAAAAUGGAAUACUGUCCCCCUGAGAAAUAAAUCUCUGCAAAGAAUCUGUGCUGUAGACUAUGAUGACAGUUAUGAUGAAAUCUUGAAUGGUUAUGAAGAGAAUUCUGUGGUCUCCUAUGGACCAGGAAGCAUUCAGAGCAUGGUGUCAUCUGACUCCACAUCCCCAGAUUCCUCUUUAACAGAAGAAUCACGUUCUGAGACAGCCAGUAGUUUAUCCCAGAAGAUUUGUAAUGUGGGAAUAGCUCCUGGUAACCCGGGAGAUUCUAAGGACAUGAAGGAAAGUGAGCCCAAUUAUGAAAGCCUCUCUGGUAAUAAUCAGGAGAAGGACUCAUCACAAGCAUCCAAAAGCUCAAUAAAAGUUCCAGAGACGCACAAAGCAGUCCUUGCACUCCGAUUAGAAGAGAAGGAUGGCAAGAUUGCCGUACAAACUGAGAAGCAAGAAAGUAAAGCCCCUACAGAUAUUACUGGGCAAUCAGUAACAAUAAACCUCGUUCCUGUAGAAGAGCAAGCAAAGCCCUACCGAGUUGUGAAUCUGGAACAGCCUUUGUGCAAGCCAUAUACUGUCGUGGAUGUGUCAGCAGCCAUGGCCAGUGAGCACCUCGAGGGCCCUAUUAACAGUCCCAAGACGAAAAGCUCAUCUUCUACUCCAAACUCUCCAGUGACAUCACCCGCACUGACAUCAGGACAAAUAAGUGCCCAUUUCCAAAAAUCCAGUGCAAUCCGCUACCAGGAAGUAUGGACUUCCAGUACCAGUCCACGACAAAAGAUACCUAAGGUGGAAUUAGUUAGCGGUGGGACUGGACCAAAUGUCCCUCCAAGGAAAAACUGUCACAAAUCAGCACCUACUUCACCCACAGCUACAAACGUUUCCUCCAAAACCAUCCCUGUUAAGUCACCUAAUUUGUCUGAAAUAAAAUUUAAUAGUUAUAACAAUGCCGGUAUGCCACCUUUUCCAAUUAUCAUUCAUGAUGAGCCAACUUAUGCUCGGAGUUCCAAAAAUGCUAUCAAAGUUCCCAUUGUAAUCAAUCCAAAUGCAUAUGACAAUCUAGCCAUUUACAAAAGUUUUCUCGGAACAAGUGGAGAACUUUCAGUGAAGGAAAAAACCACAAGUGUAAUAAGCCAUACUUACGAAGAAAUAGAAACUGAAAGCAAAGUGUCUGAUAACACCACUAGCAAACCCACUGAAUGUCCCCAAGCUAAAGGGUUUUUAAACAGCACAGAGCGUAAGAGGGGUUCAGUGGCUCAGAAGGUUCAGGAGUUUAACAGCUGUCUUAACAGAGGUCAGUCCUCACCACAGAGGAGCUACAGUUCCAGCCACAGCUCCCCAACAAAGCUUCAGAGAACCACUCAAGAACCUGUGGCCAAAACAGAAAGCACUCAGGAGUCUCAGGUAGUGAGCAGCGGCAGCACCAGGGAGAAGGCGAGCACUGUGCUUUCUCAGAUUGUGGCUUCUAUCCAGCCGCCACAGUCUCCUCCAGAGAUGCCCCAGUCUGGCCCGAAAGCUUGCAGUGUGGAAGAGCUGUAUGCCAUUCCUCCCGAUGCCAGUGCUGCUAAGAGUACACCUAAGAGUACACCAGUCCGGCCCAAGUCUCUCUUCACAUCCCAGCCCAGUGGUGAGGCUGAAGCACCUCAGACCACAGAAAGUCCUACCACCAAAGUACAGAAAGAUCCACUCACAAAGCCAGUCACCACCCCGCCCUCCAAAUUAGUGACUAACCCCCAAAGUGAGCCGCCACCCCCCUUCCCCCCACCACGCUCGACUUCCUCCCCUUACCAUGCAAGUAACCUUUUGCAGAGGCAUUUCACCAACUGGACCAAGCCAACUAGCCCUACCAGGUCAACGGAAGCUGAAUCAGUUUUGCACUCUGAAGGCAGCAGGCGGGCAGCUGAUGCAAAACCUAAACGCUGGAUAUCAUUUAAAAGUUUCUUCCGCCGUCGGAAAACAGAUGAAGAGGACGACAAAGAGAAAGACCGAGAGAAAGGGAAACUGGUGGGCCUGGAUGGCACAGUCAUCCACAUGCUGCCCCCUCCUCCAGUUCAGCGCCAUCACUGGUUCACAGAGGCAAAAGGAGAGUCCAGCGAGAAGCCCGCCAUCGUCUUCAUGUACAGGUGUGACCCUGCCCAAGGCCAGCUCAGUGUGGAUCAGGGCAAAGCCAGGGCAGAGCAGUCAGCAGUCACAGAGAAGGGCAGAGCAGAGGAUGGGUCACUACAGGACUCAGAGAAGAAGAAAAGGAGUCAUUCUUCUCCAUCACAGAUUCCUAAGAAAAUUCUCAGUCACGUGACCCAUGAAGUGACAGAGGAUUUUUCUCCUCGGGAUCCAAGCACUGUUGUUGUGAAGCAGGAUGGUGGGGGCUGUACUUCAGUCACACCGGCAUUGCCGCUGCCUGAACUGGAAAGGGAAGAGGAAAAGGGAGACAUUUCAGGUCCUAUGGACCCGAAUCCCUGUAGUGCGACAUACAGCAACUUAGGGCAAUCUAGAGCAGCCAUGAUACCUCCCAAGCAUCCACGGCAGCCUAAGGGAGCUUCGGAUGAUGCCAUUGCCUUUGGUGGGAAAACAGACCAAGAAGCACCUAAUGCUUCUCAACCUACACCACCCCCACUGCCAAAGAAAAUGAUCAUAAGAGCCAAUACAGAGCCAAUCUCCAAAGACCUCCAAAAAUCCCUGGAAACUACUCUUUGUGUCAUGGCUAAUCCCACCUAUGAUAUUGACCCGAACUGGGAUGCCAGCAGUGCUGGCUCUUCAAUCAGUUAUGAACUCAAGGGACUGGACAUUGAGUCUUAUGACUCCUUGGAGAGACCUUUGCACAAGGAGAGACCUGUGCCCUCAGCAGCAAACAGCAUCUCCAGCUUAACCACUCUCAGUAUUAAGGAUAGAUUUUCCAAUAGCACAGAGUCCCUGUCCAGCCGGCGUGGUCCCUCUUGUAGACAGGGCCGGGGUAUCCAGAAGCCACAGAGACAAGCACUUUAUCGAGGACUUGAGAAUCGUGAAGAAGUGGUGGGUAAAAUCCGAAGCCUUCAUACAGAUGCCUUGAAGAAACUGGCUAUUAAAUGUGAAGACCUCUUCAUGGCUGGGCAGAAAGACCAGCUCCGUUUUGGGGUGGACAGCUGGUCAGACUUCAGGCUAACCAGUGACAAGCCAUGUUGUGAGGCAGGUGAUGCAGUUUACUACACAGCUUCAUAUGCAAAAGAUCCACUUAAUAACUAUGCAGUCAAGAUCUGUAAGAGCAAAGCUAAAGAAUCGCAGCAGUAUUAUCACAGCUUGGCUGUCCGGCAGAGUCUGGCUGUCCAUUUUAACAUCCAGCAGGACUGUGGUCACUUUCUUGCUGAAGUUCCUAAACGCCUGCUUCCCUGGGAGGACCCUGAUGCCCCUGAAGAGGAAGAGGAUGAAAUGGAAGCGACGGAAGAGGUGAAAGGAGGAACUGAUGGAAAAAGCCCAGAGCCCGGCUCUGAAGCGGAGUCAUCCCACAAAGAAAGCCAGGCAGUCGUUAGCAGGAAGCAGAGAAGCCACGUCGUGGUCAUCACCAGAGAGGUUCCCUGUCUCACCGUGGCCGACUUUGUGCGAGACUCUCUAGCGCAGCAUGGGAAAAGCCCUGACGUGUAUGAGAGGCAAGUGUGUCUGCUGCUCUUACAGCUGUGCUCCGGCCUGGAGCACCUCAAACCUUACCACGUCACUCACUGCGAUCUGCGUCUGGAGAACCUGCUGCUUGUCCACUACCAGCCCGGGGGACCCGCCCAGGGCCUUGGGCCUGCGGAGCCUGGCCCCACCUCUUCUUGUCCCACGAGGCUCAUAGUAAGCAACUUCUCUCAAGCCAAGCAGAAGAGCCAUCUGGUGGACCCUGAGAUCCUCCGGGACCAGUCCCGCCUCGCCCCAGAGAUCAUCACAGCCACCCAGUAUAAAAAGUGUGAUGAGUUCCAGACAGGCAUCCUCAUCUACGAGAUGCUGCACCUGCCCAACCCCUUCGAUGAGAACCCAGAGCUGAAGGAGAAGGAAUACACUCGAGCAGACCUGCCUCACAUCCCACUCCGCUCCCCCUAUUCCCGGGGCCUGCAGCAGCUGGCCAGCUGCCUCCUGAACCCCAACCCUUCCGAGCGACUCCUCAUUUCAGGCGCCAAAGGCAUCCUCCAGUGUCUGCUCUGGGGCCCCCGCGAAGGCCUCUUCCAGACUUUCACCGCCUCCCCCAGCCCAGUGCAGAGGAAUGCCCUGCUCCAAAACUGGCUAGACAUCAAGCGAACACUGCUCAUGAUCAAGUUUGCUGAGAAGUCCCUGGACAGGGAAGGUGGCGUCAGCCUGGAGGACUGGCUUUGUGCUCAGUAUUUGGCUUUUGCUACUCCAGACUCCCUCAGCUGCGUCGUGAAAAUCCUGCAACCCCGUUAACGUGUCCCAGUUGCUGCUCUUACUUCAUUGUCACCUUCUUCAAGUCGCUCACAUACUUCCCCUUCCUAGUACUCACACAGAAUUCAAGGAAAGGGGAGAGACCAGCCUUCCAUCCCCAUCCAUGAACAGAUGAGUCCACUCUAAAAGGUUGUCCUCAGCUCUAAAUCCAGUGAGACGCUGAGUCCCUCUUAACUUCACAGAAAGUCAGCCGCACAAACAUGCAGCUGCCUUCCAUGGGAAUGCCUUCCGCCCUAACUGUGCCCUGAAUGCAGGAAAAUGAAGACAUAUCCUUGAAGGGACAGCUCCUCUGGUUUGAACUCAGUGAGCUGGGUCCAGUUCCUCCAUAAUUCUGAAUAUCCCCUGUCUUUUUAACACCGUGUAUUUAUUCUCACUAGCAAUAGACGGAUUUAACCAGUCCUUACCAUCAUCCACUAAGCUCUCACAACAGACUUUCUUCCUUUAAAGGAUCAAUAACUGACUCUCUUACCAGGCGGAACUGCCAUCCUUAGCAUCAGCCCAGUUUUGGUUCCGGGGACUGUAUCCCUUGUUCCAGGAGGAGUAGAAGGACAAGGAGAGAUCUCAUCUUUUGGGUCAUGAACCCAUUUUCAUUUCUAUUAUCAAUAAGUGUGUGCACUGCAUGGAGGACGGCCCUAACAGUCUCCCCUCUGCUGCCACUGCCUGAUUCUCCUUCACCUCUACUCUCUCCCCACUUGCCAAUGAAGUUUGGGUUUAUCGGCCACUUGUGGCCCAUUACAGAGCUGACCCAAGGUGGUGUCACCAGUGCCUCAGCAGGGUGGAGUGCAGUUCAGAUCUUAUAAAUAGCUGGCAGGACACAAGGAGAUGAUUUUCCUGCAUGUGCAAUUCUCUAGGGGCCAUCAGGGGAACAGAGUUUAAAGUACUGUUCUUUGAUCACUGUCAGAGCUGUCAACGUUAGCAGCCAGGGCUGCCGGAGCCCAGAUCACAGUUUUCCCUCGAGCAGUAAUUGGCCAGCUUCCUUCUGUCAGUAGCCAGCGUUAACUAGUCUACCAAAUGCUGUAGACAACAGCCCUGCAUGAAACGGCUGUCAGUUGAGCUGUAAUGUCUCCUUAGAGGGCAUGGCGUGGCUGGCUAUUAGGAUGGCCAGAAGGCAGGGGAAGGGGAGAAGGCCGCUGAUGAGACUGCUGACCUCCUCCUCAGAGUGCCGGCCUUUUCUAGAGAGACUGCCUCCCAGUGCACAGGCACAUUGCUCCUUGUGACCCUCUGAAAUGGCUCUGGAGGACAGCUCCCAGGGAACUUGGAUUGCUGAGGUGGGUGGCUGAGAGCUGUUCACCGUACGUGGGGUCUGUGCUCCUCCUCUAUGGAUAUAUGUGCAAUUUUGGUAUGUAUUUUUUUUUAGCUGUAUAUACAAUGUUUAUGUUGCAACUUCACCUGAAGCAAUAUCUCCAGAAACCCUCCCCUUCUUCCCUUGGCACAUAUUUGAGCUGAGUGACGAGUGUUCCUUCCACCGGUGUGUGUGUGUGUGUGUGUGUGUGUGUGUGUGUGUGUGUGUGUGUGUGUGUUAUUCAAAACUGUGAGUAUCUGUUCUGUUUACUUCAACCUUGAAAUCCCAAGAGUCACUCAGACAGUGUGAGAGUGUGUACACGUAUGUACCCGUGUGUGUGCACAUGCACGCUGGAAGUAGAGGCCAGGCCUCUGGGGGAGCAACCUGUGGCAGGGUUGAUAGACGCGUUCUCUGCACUGGUUGGUGAGACAGCCCUGGGCCCCUCAUCUACCGGUGCAGAGUUUGUUAAAGCCAAGCCUGAUUGUGCAGUAUUACUUAGAUAGCACGUUAGUGGCCUUUUGGUAAUUUUUAAACUUUUAACAUUAUUAACAACCUUUCAUGUGAUUCACCUAUAUCAAAGAGGAUCAAGAAAGGAGAAGAAUGUAUUUUAUUGUGCUCUUCUUUGUUUCUUUUUCUUUUUUUUUUAAGAGAAUGGGAUAUGUGGGGCUCCAUAUGGAGCAUGUGCCUGUCCUCCUGGCCAGCAGUACAGGACUUCCAGGGGAGAGAGCUGGUUAGCCCACAAAGAGUCUUGUCUCCUCUGGCCAGAGUGCAAGGCUCUGCCCCUAGGAACGGCCACAAGGUAGGCAUGCCGCUGCAGGCCAGCAGUCCACUCUCUCUCUCGGUGUCCUGUGACAUGGCCACACCUUGCCUAGCAGGCUGGUGUCUGGUUCACCUUAGCAUAGCCCAUGUGCACAUAACUCCCUGCCCAAUUAUACACUGAAGUGGCAGUGCACAGACCACUGACCCUGUCAGCCAGCAUGUUCCCUUAGCAGCCCCCCUCCAUGGUUUGCAUAUUGAGACACUUUCUCAAUGUCACUCUCGUGGUGCCUUGCCCAUGUAAAUUUGAAUGUUGACUAUUUAAUGAGGUUUCAUAUUUAAUGAAGAAUGUUUCCUGGUCCCUCUAUUUGUUCUCUAGGUAUCCUGCCUCCACCCCCCCCCCACUUUUUUUCUCUGUUUCUGUUUUGACUUGGACCCAAUCUUCUUCAUUUUAACUCUAUAGUAUUAUAAUCAUGGACACCCUCCACUACCAUUAUCUCAUAGCACUGGCAAACCGAGCACCUCUUCACAUCAGAUGUGUUUAGUACUGUUUUCAUAUUCAGAUUUGUUAAGGGCAAAAGAGUAAUGCCAACUAGUCAGAGAAGGGACUCAGGCUUUCCUGAGACAGGUGGCUAGAUUAACAGCUCUCUGAGUGAGGGCCAAGGAAUGUAAGGUGGGGAGAGAAGAAGGUAUUACAGGUUAGAGCAGAAUAGGCAAAAUAACCCUAUUUCUAGGCAAGAAGUAUUUACAUCAGAUGGUCCUCCAAAUACUUUUCCAAAUAUGAUGAAAUUCAGUCAAUCUCAUAUUAUCACAAAUAUUUUACAUUUCCAUUUUAAUUGUAGUAGGAACUUUGAAUACAUUCAUCAACUGGAAAGAAAUCCUGCCCUCAGACACAGACAGACAUACAUACAUAUUUAUAUAUAUAUAUAUGAGUUUUAGAUUGUGACUUGUAUAGCACUUUGUUUUCUCAAGUAAUGUCAAGUUAUUGUCUUCAAUACUGAUUGGAUUUUUUCUCUUCUAUUGAAGUUUUACUAUAGAUUCUUCCAUUUAUAUUGAGAAUUUGAACAAUUAAGCCGCUAUUGGAACUUUUCCUUAAGCCACAUGAGCAAGAAUAAUCUCUCGUACACAUUUGGGUACUAGAGAAACAGGACAAUGGCUGGAGUAGCCAAGACCAAGACUGAAUGUACAGCAGAGUGCCUUGUUAGCAUGAUAACCUCGUCUGGGAAGGAAGGGAAUUAGAUGUUCCACAGGAAGGACAGGGGCUGUGAGAGGGCUCUUUUGCUAGCCUGAGGAGAGCCCCUUUGGUGUACUAGCAUGAUGCCCAGAAGCUAAUUCAUCAAGAAUAACAGCAGGAUGGGGAAGAGAGCAGUUGCAACAUGUGGAAUCAACAACAAAAGAAUCGGGAAGGACGUCCACCAACCCCUAGGCUAAGUCUGAAUUGGAAGCCAGGAAUAUGGCAGUGGGUUUCAAGUUUUGCCCUCGGAAGAUAAACCGGGUGAGAUAUAUGGGGGACACAAGCACCCACACUCCCUAGCCUACUGAUGUUGAGGGGCUAAAAGUAAAACCUAUUUGUUAGGAUUUUAAGACUCUGAGUAACCUUUCAUUGUCAGUGGCGGACAGUUGUGCUUCCAAACUCAGAAUAAGUUUGUGAACUUAGAAAACUCUAAGCCAAGAGAUCUGAACCUCUAGAAAUAUUAAUGAUGUUUCUGGGAGUUAAACUACCUAAAAUUGUAUUUUAAAGUUUCCAGCAUUGUAAAAUUUCGAUGAAAGAUCUCUGGGGCCUACUAAAUGGUAGGGCGUAGAAGGAUUGCACUCAGCUUCCCAAAUUUGAAUUAAGAAUAGUUUGGUGCUGGGAAGUAACCUGACUUGGUUUUGCUGAUAACCUGCAACUAGGAUUUUUACCUAGAUGUUACCAGCAGUGAUCUGAAAAAAUACAGGCUAGUUCCAGAAAUUGGGAUGGACUUAUUAUACUGCACUAUAUUCCAAAUGAUUCUAGAUGUAUAAAUGAAGUAUGAGCAUACUUCGGGGUUGGCGGGGAGGAACUUGACUCCCUGGGUUAACUCUGACAUGUUUUUUAUUCCCCUCACUAGUUGAUAAGGAUUAAAGAUUCUGGUUCAGCCUAAUGAGUAAAUAGGAUGGCUGCCCACGAAACCGGGUUAUUAGUUUUACCUCAUUGAAGCUCAUAUUCUCAAAGGCCCAAAGUGCUGCGCUGAGACGAAUCCAAGUGCCGCUCUUGCUGAAGUGCGCACUGCAGCCCAGCUGUCCGCGCUGAAAGUGGGGAUUCCGUUGGACCAAAAAUGAUGCCACAAGGGAAGCCACAAGAGGUGCAGUGCAAGAUCCUAGGUAGAGAUUAUACCAAAGAAAUCAAGCCUUUCUGUCCUGAUGCUUCUUAGGUGAUGAGGUUGAGUUACGACAGAUGCCAUGGGAGGAGAAUUCACAUACAUUCCACAUCCAGGUAUUCAGCUGAUAAAAUAAUGCAUCCUCAAAUAAGCACCUAUUUUUUUAAAACAAGUCCAUUUUGUGUAUUAGGGGAAAAAAAGAUGAUGAUGAUGAUGAUGAAGAAAACCUUGCACAGAUUAUAAAGUUCCCCAUUAUUUAAGGAGAAGGAACUGUUUCUUCUCUCAUUGACAUGGUUGUGACUAUUGCCCAGACUUCAGCUUGGGAACAUCAUAUCCACGUAAUACUGAGAGCUGAGGAAUAUUUUUAAAGAGAUAUGGUAGUUUCCAUAGGUUUGUUUAAAGAACUCUUGGGAAAUUUCUUAACAAAUUUUAAUAUUUUUUUAUAAACCUUCCUACUGAGGUGUUUAUCACUCACCGUCACCACCAUUUAAUAUUUAUAAGUGCCCAGAAUGUACAAGGUGCUAUACAGCUGUUAAACACCCCCCUCUCUGCAGCUGUUUGAAAUUAGAGUAGGUUUUUGCGUCAGCCACUGCUAGAAGCUUUCCCCACCUGGGCGGGCGGCAGGGGCUUGCAUCCGGAUGUCCCAUCACAUGUUUCCCACUCCAGAGAGCCUCCACGUUUAUUCCAGCUUCUCACCUUUACCCAUCCAUUUGCCUCCAUGUUUGUUGUUUUUUUUUUUUCAAUCCAGAAAGUUUCAGGGAAUCCAAAGAGGUCGGACAUUUUCUAACCUAGCAGAAGUACAGAGUCAUAUAUUUUGCUACAAAUAUUAUAUUAUGGAAAAUCCACUUUGCCCGUGUAGUGUGUGGAAAGUAUGUGUGUGUCCGCACUCGUGAUAACUUGAAUGUUGAACCAGUCCUAUGGCUUCAGGGUAGCAUUUUUGAAAGAUAAACCACACUGCUUCAGGAAACUUGCUCCAAAUACUACUUGGUUAUCCCUUCCCUUAGCAGAUGUGUGAACACACUGGGAUGGGAUUUUUCUGUUGAUGAUAUGCCGGGCAUUUUGGCGUGAGAUGAGGGCGGAAGCCAGAUGUUGUCCUUCUCAGUGAUUUGAAUCAUGGCAGCCCUCAUUCCACUCUCUCUUUCAUUCCCCAUGGCUCUGCCCAUGCUCUCUUUUUGAAAAUCUUGUUUCUUUUGCUCUUUCCUGGAGCUUCACCUCUACUUAACAUGUUUUGGAGUUGUAUAAACCUACCAGUGAAAGGUCCCCUCUGUCACCAGGUGGUGCCGCCCUUUGGUUUGCUGUGGUACUUUGCUGUGUUCUCUGUGGCAUCAUGUUACUGUGUAAAUAAAUUCAUUUUCAUAUACACUAAAAACCAGACAAGCGCUGUCCUUUCAGCAGCUCUCCCACACUGACAUGCUGCGGGGGAGGGGGAGUUUGGUUGCAGACGUGGUUACAUCUUAAAUCCCAGGAUGCAUGCCCUCUUGAAUGCUCCUCCCUGCUGACCUGGACUAUAUUUCGGUUCAUUCCCUCGCUAAAUUGAGAAAACUAGGCAUGGAAGGGAGCGAGAAGGCCUUCAGCUUUCCCCCAGAGCUCAAAGUGCUGCGGGUUUGCUGUGUGAGAUCGCCCCCUGGUGACCAGUCACCAUAUAGACUUCCUGGGUUUGUACUAUUACAUGUUUGAGAGGUUUGGUUAGCUGGCUGUGGCUGAGCCUCUGAGUGGCCAUCUCAGAGCUCUGCAGACAAUAUGAGCAAGGCAGGGCCUUGUACAAUAUCAUCUGCUGCAGAAUCCACAUCGUUUGCCUGUUCCUAAAGGUACACGGUCACACACAAGUGUCCUCACAAAGGCAGACAAGCUAAUGUGCAGACACUUCAGGAGCAGAGAGAGGAGGCCACCUGGCUCAGGCAGGACGAGUCGGCAGUGGGCAGUGGCAGUGACAGCUGCCACGUUAUUGGAGUAGAAUGAAUGAAAGUGCAAACCUGAGCUCUAAACCCCUUACAGUGGGCACUGUCUCCAGCCCAGUGUUUCUGCUUCUCUCCACUAGCAAGCACUCUGGAAUUUUCAGACAUGGUAUUUAAGGGAUAUUCCAGAAAACUGAUUGCCAUACUCAAGUUUUAUGUUGCUGAGGAGGCAAAACCCAUAUUGAUGUGGGCCUCAGAGCUCUCUCUGUUGCCUGGGCCUAGGAGGAAGGGUCAGCAACAAAACUGAGAGACGACCCCCAGGGACACGGGCUCUGCUUGCUGGAGAGGAGCCGGGGAGCUAGCCUUCCUCGUUGUGAGCACAGCACACUGGCUUCUGGAGGAAGAGAGCCAAAGACAAAGACAGACAGCUGGAGCUGCCCCAGAGAUGGAGCACGCUAGGCUUGGGUUGCUGCCUAAUGCUCUGCUGGUGAGUGGCCAACUGGGGCCCCUGAAAAGAUACAAGCUUGGACGGUGGGACCAGUUCAGGGUUGCCCAAGCCUGACUCCAAGUGAGGUGGAGCGAGGUCAUCAAUGAGAUCACUUUGUCCUUUGGUAUAACUGGAGACAGAUCCUACUUCCCCUCCAUCACCUUGCACAGCAUGGGAUCCAUUCCUAGGAAUUCCGUUAGUGGGCCCUCAGGAAGACCACUCUUCCCUUUUGAUUCUGGGCUGUCCAGAGGUGAUGGGCCACUGACAUUUGAGUAGGGCCUUUGGCUUCCUACAUGCCUGGGAACUGACUUCUUUCAGUGCAGGCCACAAAGAAUCUUGAGUUCUUUCCUACCUGGAAUUAACUGGUACGAGAAGCUCUCCGGGUGCCUGGCGCUGAGUGAGCACCCUCUGCUCCGGGAGCUCUUGCUGCUUUCCAAGCCCUAGCAAAUUACGCUUCCUUUUAAGUGAGCCUGUGCUCUACAAGGGAAAGAGCUUCAUUAGUGCCUCAGGAGCCAAGGACUGCAGUUGGCGGAUCACAGGUUGCCAGUAAGAGCAGGUCGAGGUAAUUAACAGCUGAAACUUAAAAAUUGGAUUGCAUAUGGUGGUUGGGGGUGGGGGGUGAGUAGGGAGUUGGUUGCCAAGGUCUGGUUCUCUCAAACUUGCAAACCUCUGAGUGGAAACAGGCUGCCUGGGUAUAACCCCUGAUCUCCUGGAGAUAAUAGAUAACUCUCCGCACACACGUAUCCCAACCAACUAUUCCCUUACCCUCUGGAAGGUACAUGGAAGCAACCAAAAGGCUGAGCCUUACUGGUCACCAGUCCCAGUUUGAGAAUCCAAGCAGGGCUACUGGGUGCUGGGGAAUGUGCUCGGUGAGGGGGACCCGGGGCCCCAGGAGUAGAGGGGCUCCGAAUCUCUGUCAGGGGGGCAGAGCUCUCAGCUCUCUGAGUCCAUCACCUCCACCACCCAUCGCUCACCAGCCCACACCUGGGCUGGAGUCUUGGAACCAUGGGUUGGAAGUCAGGCAGAGUGAAAACCUGCAAACCCGUGGCUCCUCAUCAGGUCUUCCUCUCCCACAAGCGCCUCUCGUCCCUGCGCCUCCCUCCACCACACACCCGGGGGCACAUCCUAACCCUGCCGCCGCGGCCAUCCCAGGCCAGGCCACUCAGGCCCCCCGAUGCUGAGGACAGAGCCCCACUGUGGGUGUCAGGCUCUGCAGGCCUCUUUCCCUCAGGCUCUGAGUGGCUCAGCGCCCCCCACUGGCUGACCUCUGCCUCCUGACCCUGGGCCUCCUCCAGGUCAGGGCAGCUGGCCUUUCCCCUGCGCUCUGUGGCCUGGGCGCUGCUCAGAGAGCCCCUGGGCUGCCGCCGGUGGGAGCGUCAACACUACCAAAGGUGAGAGUGUGCUUCAUCCCCACAGCCAUCCAAGGAGACGGCUCCAUUCUGCCCAUUUUCACUCAGCUAAUCAGAGUCAGGAUAUAAACCCAGAUCUGUGUGCCUUCUUGGCAGUGCUCCUUCCUAGGAGCGCAAAGGAGAGCACGGGAGAGCUUCUUAGGGUUGAACUAGCUUCAUUUUACCUUCACAAGAACCCUAUGAGGUAGGUUCUAGAAUUAUCCCCAUUUUACCCAUGAGAAGACAAGCCAGAGAGGCUUUGUUUGCCCCAAAUCCCUAGUGAGGAAACUAGCAUUUGUCCUCAAGACAGUCCGCCUCCUCCUCCCAGCUUCCUGGAGCUCAUGGCCUUCCUCCCUCACGCCCUGCUGUCGCCCCAGAAUCAUCAGUGGCCUCCCGGUGCCCAGAGAAGACAACCCAACUGCAGAGCCCGAGUCCCGCCACCCGGCCAUGCUUACUGCUGGCCAGACCCCCAGGCCCUGCUUAGGCUGGCCUCCUUGCUGCUCGUCAAACACACCUGGAGAUUUCCCUGCCCACAGUGUUCUUGUCCUUUUUCCUCCCCAUUCUUCAGGGCCCCAUUCAGCCAAGAAGCUUUUGGGGUGACUCCAACUGGGAACGUUCCCUCAGCUAUCUGCAAUCGCCAGCCUGCUCCUCAGACUCAGCUCUCGGCCUGACGUGUGUCCUGCCUCCUGCCUCCGCCCACUCCUCCCCUCUGUCUCCUCUGAGCGAGACUCGCAGGAGGGGCGGGGGCAGAACUGCUCCUGCCCGCAGGUCCUGCGCCGGCCUCCCCCGCUUCCCAUCCUCGCUCCAGCCCUCUGACCCCGAUUCUACACAUGAGGAAAUUGAAACUCAGAAUGAGUAAGAAACUUGUCCAAAUAAAGAUGCAGACGUAGAGAAUGGAUGUGAGGACACAGGGAGGGGGAAGGGGAAGCUGGGACGAAGUGAGAGAGUGGCAUGGACAUAUAUACACUACCAAA